UCGGCCAGCGGCCGGCUGCGGCCGACGCGAUCGAAAGCGGCGGCGGCCGGCGGCGGUGGCCAGUCGGGACCGAGUGGCCGCGCGGCCGGUCGGUUCACCUGAGCGCCCCGCCAAAGGGGUCGGGCCGGCGCGGGUCCGGCUGGGUGCUGUGUGCUGAGAGGUGCGGCGGCGGCCCACAGAGGCGCGCGGUGCUCGCGGAGGGACCGCGGUGAGUUGGGAGCAGAACGGUUACCGCGGUGAAUUGGGAGCAGAACGGUGCUCUACCGUGGUGAGUUGGGGAGCCAGACGGUGCGGUCCGCGGAAGGUGACACAAUUCAAAGGUCAAAGACAGCUAGUGUGAAAAAGCGAAACGUGCGCUGACUGGAAGGUGCGACUGGUGCGAGGGCGUAGCUCCUCGCUUCACAGAGGUGAACAGUGCUGCCGCACGCUACUGAAAUCCAGAACAGUGCACCGUGAACUACAAAGGCAGCUCUGAGUGAGUUAACAAGUUUCAGUCGAACGCCCGUCAGAAAGUUCUAAACACUUCUUCAGUUCGAGGAAGUUUCCACUGACCUCACUUACUGUGACAACUUGGCACACUGUAUAUUGAAUGAUUUCAAGUUUGAGAUGGCGGUAGAUUCAUUGUGUUUCCCUGGAAGUGGCGUGCGGAAGUUAUAACAAACGUUUGCGGGCAUUUUGAUGAAUCUUUUUUUUGGCGUAUAGUAACAGCAAUACUGCGAUAGUAGAGCACUGAGCAGCGUCCUCUGUUUUCCACCUGCGGUGUCCGGCGGUCGCGAUUAGUGCAGUGGUGACCGGCAAUGGCGGUUCGUGCCUCCUGCGGCUAGCCGUACUGAUGGUUUGUGCAGUGGUGAUUAGUGCUGACGAUUGGUGCACAUGGGGUGAUGGUUCCCUGUGCUAUGAGCCGUUGCGGAGACCGGUACCGGUGAUCUGGUGAUCCGGUGGUAGCAGAGCGGCCGAGGACAUGCAUCAGAUUGACGAGCAGGAGGAGCGCUCGGCUGAGAGGGACACGCCCUCGUCCGGCGACGAGGAUUCGGACGGCGGCUCGCCGGGAGCGCAGGUGCCGCUGCCGCUGCCGCCCCCGGUCAGCUACGCUCUCCAGCGGCUCAGUGAGAAGCGGAAAUGUCACAAGACGCUCAGCCUUCCGCCCAUCAGCAGCAGACGUUUUGAUCUGGAGAAUGGAGGCGGAGCCGCCGGCCGCGUUGGGGACGGCGGGACCCCGUCUGGGCUCGUGCUACAAAGCAUGCCGCAGCGGCGGGAGUCCUUCAUCUACAAAUCUGAGGACUUCCAGAUGUCCCCAAAGGUCUCCCGGCACUCGAGCAUCGCCAGCGAGUGCCAUGGAGAAGACUUGAUCGUCACCCCCUUCGCACAAAUUUUGGCAAGUCUACGAAGCGUGAGGAGCAACUACAUUUCACUGACAAAUGUUCCCACAAACAGAUCCAAGAGGUCCAGUAACGCAUCUCCCGGUCAGCCGUCGCCCCAGCCGCGGCCUAUGCUACCGAAAGACGAGGGGUUCGUCCGCCUAUCGACGGAGACGCUGGAGGAGCUAGACUGGUGUCUGGACCAGCUGGAGACGGUGCAGACGCACCGAUCCGUCUCCGACAUGGCCACCAGCAAGUUCAAACGGAUGCUGAACAAGGAGCUGAGUCAGUUUUCCGAGUCGAGCAGAAGUGGCAACCAGAUCUCCGAGUACAUCUGCUCCACAUUCUUGGACCCGCGCCAGGAGAUGGACAUGAACCAGUCAGUGGAGGCGCCGGACGGGCCGGGCCGUGCGGCGCAGCGCUCCGCCGCCGCCCUGCCCUCCAGCGGUGACACGAUGAACUGCAUCCCGGGCCUACAGCGGCCCGUGGGCCGGGCCACCGACACCGUGCCCAGACUGGGCGUGCACACGGAGCAUGAAGAGGAACUCGAAAAGGCGUUGGAGGAUCUCGACAAGUGGAAUGUGGAUAUAUUCCGGAUCGCCGAGCUAUCCAACAACCAGCCACUCACUUGCGUCAUGUACAACAUCUUCAUGGACCGCGACCUGCUGGCCACCUUCAAGAUACCGUCGAGCACGUUCGUCACGUUCAUGCUGACGCUGGAAAGCCACUACCUGCGCGAGGUAUCCUACCACAACCGGACGCACGCGGCCGACGUGGUGCAGUCGACCAGCGUGCUGCUCCGCUCGCCGGCCCUGGAGACCGUGUUCACGGCGCUCGAGGAGCUGGCCGCUCUGUUCGCGUCGGCCAUCCACGACGUGGAUCACCCGGGCCUCACCAACCAGUACCUGGUCAAUACCAGCUCUGAGCUGGCGCUGAUGUAUAACGACGAGUCGGUGCUGGAGAACCACCACCUGGCCGUGGCCUUCAAACUGCUGCAGAACGACAACUGCGACAUCUUCGCCAGCCUAUCCAGGAAACAGCGGCUGUCGCUCCGCAAAAUGGUCAUCGACAUGGUUCUGGCGACGGACAUGUCCAAGCACAUGAGCCUGCUGGCCGACCUGAAGACGAUGGUGGAGACGCAGAAGGUGGCCGGCUCGGGACUGCUGCUGCUCGACAACUACAACGACCGCAUUCAGGUGCUGCAGAGCAUGGUGCACUGCUCGGACCUGAGCGGGCCCACCCGGCCGCUGGAGACCUACCGGCGCUGGGUGGCUCUCGUCAUGGAGGAGUUCUUCCACCAGGGAGACCGCGAGCGAGAGAACGGCCUCGACAUAUCGCCCAUGUGCGACAGAUACAACGCCACCGUCGAAAAGUCCCAGGUGGGUUUUAUUGACUACAUCGUGCACCCGCUGUGGGAGACGUGGGCCGACCUGGUGUACCCGGACGCGCAGCACAUCCUGGACACGCUGGAGGACAACCGCGACUGGUACCAGUCCAUGAUGCCGCCCAGCCCGGGCCCCGGCGGCGCCGAGCAGCGGCUCCUCGAACAGGAGGAGCAGGAGGAGAGCGGCGACGGGGAGGCAGAGCAGGGGGAGGUCAAGGUGCGCGUGACGCUCAACGACGGCCGGGCGGCGCGGCGCGCGCGCCCCUCGUGAGAGGGAGAGGUAGAGAUGGGAAGAGGGAUGUGAGAAAGGAACGAAGAGAAGGGGGAUAAGAAAGAGUGAAAGGGUGAGUGGGCGAACAUAUAUGUAGAAUGAGCACUUCUUUCUUCCCUUGACAAUUGGUGGCUGGUGGUGAUAUAAAGACGAAACUCUCGGGCACGGAAAAAAGCACGAUGUUUUGAAUGGAAGAUUGAGAGAUAGCCACGAGUGUCUGCACGCACACUGUGCGAGAUGUAGCAGGUCGGUCCCCAAACUGACCAAAGCACCGCUGUCCUGUUCCUUGUGAAUGACCCAGACCCGCGAGACGUAGCGCGUUGAACCGGGCAACGGUGCAGAGAUGGUGCAGACUGCAGAGAUUCUAUGGUUAAAGCGUGUCUAGUCAUCUGCCUGCACCUUUCACAAAGUGUUCGAGGUCACAGCACAGUGGCUGCCGGCGGUUCGUCUGUAGUGUACCGCGUCCCCGACCUCUCGCCGCUUCUUCACCGCCCAGAAAGCCGCCGGUCGCCAGCACGGCUAACCCCCUGUCACGUGCGUGUGGAGUAGUCGUGUAGCGCCGCUCGCUACCGACAUGUGGUCGUCAGCUGCACGAGUCGACCGGAAUAUAUCAAAAUGUAGACUGUGUACCGAUGUUCGAAAUAAGCCUAGCUUUUAUUUCUUGCUGUGUCGAAUGAGCUAUUUUUCGGCGUACGUUGGUGGUUCAGCCACUAUGUAACGGAAUGUUUGUAUGCGCGUUGAUGUAGCACGCCCAAAUGAGCUGCCGGCUUGGGUUGCAGUUCGCCCCAGGCAGGGCCGUCGUCAGGCAUUAGGCACUCUCUGACAUGCAUGGCGCACAAUGCACAAUAUCAAAGGAAGUCACCCGUUUGUGGCUCAUUCUCAACUUUUAUCCUAGUCGAUAAUUGAUUAUUUUAAACCGUCAUCGGACAAACAAUGAACACAGCCCGUGGACUAACUUGUGCAAGCAUUGUAACAAGUCACGAGAUCUGACUAAUGCUUUUUAUUAUCACACUGGCGCCGCACAAUACAAAUUUGUAUGUAUAGCUAGCUAACUGAGGCAAUUCACACGAAUCCUGUUAGUUCAGGACGCCUGAAAUGAUAUCGCGCGUAUUUUUCAUUUGUUAUAGAUCGCGACUGUUACGCCUGUUGCUGAUGACAUUGGCCAGCGCUCUGUGCGGAUUGUCUGAGCGUGACACGUACCGUUGUGACGUACGAACCGGACAUCAUUGGCCGUACCUGUGCUGAAAGUAAUACAUGAAUGUACUUAUGA